AUGAGGCAUGGGAGCGAUCAUUUGCGAGGAGACGUGGGGUUUGAGGUGACCGACCUUGAGACCGACCUGGCGCUGUGGCGGGGAGACGACGACAUGCUGAUUGACGGAGAGGACGCGUAUAAGACGGCUCCCGGCAUGGAGGCGCUGCUCGAUGAGAAGGCCCUACUCUCGUCCAUGGCUGAUUGCACAGUCGAGGAGGAAGCAGACAAGGGGCCGCCAGAAAACCUUGUCUCGAUGCAGCUGGACAACAACGACUUCUACGACGGCGAGGUACUGGACGGGCUGAUGGACGGGCGGGGACGAUACACGUUCUCCGACGGGAACGUCUACGUCGGAGAGUGGGUGCGAGGGAAGAAGCAGGGGACCGGCACCUUCACCUGGUCCAACGGCGACGUCUACGAGGGAACGUGGCUAGACGGCAAGAUGCACGGGCAUGGGAGGCUUGUGCUCAAGGACAAAAUGAUCUACGAGGGGGAGUGGCAGGAGGGGAAGUGCCAUGGGAAGGGGAACUGCCGUUACCAGAACGGCGACAAGUUCUCUGGGGAAUUCCGGGAUGGUAAGAGAUUCGGCCAAGGGAAGCUCGUACAAGUAGAGGGCUACACGUGGGAGGGAAACUGGCGGGGCAACGCGAUGGAGGGGCAGGGGACCUGCAAGUAUCCUUCAGGAGAUGAGUACGAGGGCGAAUGGAAGGAAUCAAAGAGACAUGGGAAGGGCAUACAGGGGAGGAUGAAGUACUGCAGCGGGGACUCGUACGAAGGUGACUGGAGGGCCAACAAGAAGCACGGAGCAGGCGCAUACAGCUGGGCAAGGGGGAUGAAGUUCAGGGGGAAGUGGCAGGAGGGGAGGAUGCAUGGCAACGGGACGAUGGUCUACCCUGACGGCCAUGUGUACGAGGGAGGCUUCAUCGACAACGUUCCCAACGGCCAUGGAGUGCUGACGAGGAGGGGAAACAAGACCGAGGGAAAGUGGCAGGACGGGAAGCUGAUCGCAAGGUGGGAAGGGAAACCUCCGAUGCUCAAGGAGAUAGACCCGUUCAGCGCUGAGAGCAUCCAGUUGCCCUCCAUCCCUGACAUCUGCGAGCCAUGA